GGAUUGAGACAACGGGGAAAAUCGGCCGUUGAAUUUUGAAAUUUGAAAUUUGAAAUUUGAAACCCUUGGAGCGUAGUAACACGAUUUGGUUCGUCGUCAGCGAGGUGGAGGAGAAACAAUAGUCAUGGAAGACGCUACAAUACAGGAAUUGGACCCAGAAACUGAGUUCCUUUUCUCCAAGCGGAAAACUGAGAACGAUUGGGAACUCUUCAAAGAGAACGUCAGACCUCUGAAGAGAGGUCGCAAUAUCAGCAUCUUGAACAAUGCCCUCAAGUCCCAUUCUGAUAAUCAUCUCAAGAAAUCCCUUCUUGAUAACCGAAGGAAGUUGAUUGAGGCUAUCGACGACUACAAAGGUGACGAUCCCCUGCAGCCAUGGCUCGAGUGUAUUAAAUGGGUUCAAGAGGCAUAUCCAGCUGGGGGUGAUUUCUCUGGACUUGUUUUGAUAUAUGAACAAUGUGUGCGGAAUUUUUGGCAUUCAGAUCGCUACAAGGAGGAUCUCCGUUAUUUGAAAGUGUGGUUGGAAUAUGCUGAAAAUUGUAUUGAUGCUGAAGUCAUAUUUAAUUUUCUGCACGCAAAUGAAAUUGGGACGACGCAUUCUGCUUAUUACAUAGCAUAUGCUCUCCAUUUGGAGUCUAAAUCUAAAUCAAAGGCUGCAAAUGACAUGUUUAAUCUUGGUAUCUCAAGGAAUGCUCAUCCAAUAGAUAAAUUGAAGGAUGCUUAUAGAAUGUUUCUCUUGCGCACAAUGCGCAGACCAAAAGCUGCAGAUGAGUCGGUGGAAAAAUGCUUACCAGUUCGUAGCUUUGGAACUGUGCUUCCCAAUCCAGGAAUGCUGACAAUGGGCAAUGUCGAUCGUUCCAGGAAAAACAUGAAGCCUGAAAGGUCAUAUCUAGCUCCACUUGAUGUUUAUGAUGAUUCAAAAGUCGCCGUUACUUCACACCAUGAACCAGAAGUUUCGAAGGCACAUUUGAAUUCUUGGACAGCAUUGGGGAGUCGAAGGGAGAGAAACAAAGAAAACAAUGCACCUCCUUCCAAAUGGACUUCCCACAAGAUACCGCAAAGGAUUGGAUCCAGGAUUGGAGGAUCGAAUGCAAAUGCACCUAUAGAGGUGUUUGUGGACGAGGAAUGCGAAGAGGCGCAUAAACUGGAACAUGAAGAAAGUCGCAAGUCUUCAACCACACACCUUAGGCAAGUUGAUGGACGCGAUUGUAAAAGGGAAGCAGAGUUACUAAGGCAGAAUCCAUUGCGCAACUUUCCUUCUAACAGUUUCCGAUGAUCAGCUCUGUUUGUUGUAAAUUGUAAUUCCCUAAAUGGCUUAUCCUGUGACUGGUGGAUCUUAUCCUAAAAAACCUUCUCCAAGUUC